AUGGGAAUUUACCCUAACAUAUACACACGUCUCUAAAUUUAUCAUGGUAUCAGACUAAGGUCUUGGUUCACCGAUCCUUUUUUUCUUCGUUCUUCCCUACCGGCACCAGCGUGUACGGUUUCUUUCUUUGGGCAGCUAUGGCGGUGGACAUUACUUCAUCGUAUUACCUUGGUUCGGGAGAUCAACCGGGGAAUCUUAUCACUCAUAUCAUCUUUAGGGGCGAUAAUUAUGUCGCUUGGUCUCGGGCUAUCUUAUUGUCUCUCAAAGCUCGCCGGAAACAUGUGUUUGUUGAUGGCACUCUCACGAAACCCGCGGAGGAGGCACAGCGUUCCAACUGGGAAACGACUAACUCCAUGGUUGUUUCAUGGCUUCUUCGCAGCAUGGAACCCACGGUUGUCGUCUCUAUCCCGUUUCACGAAGAAGCCAGAGCUCUUUGGGUCUAUCUUGAAAAGCGAUACAGUGUUGCUAACGGUCCAAGGUUGCAGCAAUUGAAGGCCUCAAUUUCAGCUUGUAAACAGACCAAAACAAUGACGGUAGAUGCUUAUUAUACGGCUUUGAUGAGUUUGUAUGAUGAACUCGACCGACUGAAGCCAUUACCGGCCUGUUCGUGUGGAAGGUGUACCUGCGACGUUGUGGGCAAAAUUGUUACCGAACGGGCAGAAGAACGGUUUCAUCAAUUCCUAAUUGGAAUUGAUGAUGAAAUCUUUGGCACGGUGCGUUCCAAUCUUCUCGCCCAGAAUCCUUUGCCCGAUAUUGAUCGUGCGCUACAGGCUUUUCAACAAGAAGAGAACUCGAGGGCCAUUGCACGAGGAAAACAGUCCGUUGCUGAGGUUCAUGCCUUCGCCCUUCAGCCUGAUCGAGCUCCAAAGGGUCGCCAGGACAAAGACAAAACUGAACGUCCGCGGCCAGUUUGCACUCACUGCAGGAAAAAGGGGCAUGAGAUCGAUUCAUGCUUCAAAUUACACGGUUAUCCAGACUGGUGGGAGGAGAAACACCGCCCCAAAGGAGCUUCGGGUUCUUCUGCUAACCGCGGUGGGGCAGUUAGGACCCAUGCAAUGAACUCGAACCUCCAGUCAGCCGGGGAAGGGGCUUCUUCCUCCCAGAAUUUAGGUGUUCCUGUACUGCCUCCAUUGACUACUGAACAGGUGCAAGCCAUAUUGAGUGUCCUUAAUAUGGAUUCUCGCUCUUCUGACCGGAUGUCUGGACCUACGCUCGAGGAACCUGAUUGGAGCAGGUGAAAGGCGGGAUGGGCUAUUUUAUUUUAGAGGGGUGCCGACUUUGCAUGCUGUCCAGACAUCUACACUUUCGUCAUUUGAGCUGUGGCAUCGUAGAAUGGGUCAUCCUUCUGAUCGGGUCCUCAAAUUGUUACCUACUUUUGUUUCUAGUUCUCUUUCGAAAACUUUGAAUAAGGCGUGUGAUGUGUGUCCACAAGCCAAACAAGUGCGUGAUUCCUUU